AUACUGCUUUCCACUGCACGUAGUAAGCGGACCUCACACACUGAGACGUUCAGGGACGGGUUGUGUAGCAGUCACGAGAGCUGAGACGGAGACACCUUGGGUGACUUGGGAAGGGCUGGCACCCAGAGUCUUGCACCACGGCUGGACACUGCCAUUCUGGUUUGCUGUCUUGGGAUCCUCCAUGGCUAUCCUCACUGGCCUCUUGGGCCCCUUGGCCCAUGUCAGCAGAGCAUUCAGCCAGCGCUACUUCAGCACCUCUGGGAACCUUGGCGCGAUCCAGAAGAUGACUCGGGUGCGCGUGGUGGACAAUAGCGCCCUGGGGACCACCCCGUACCAUCGGCCUCCUCGGUGCAUCCAAGUCUAUAACAAAAGUGGGGUGGGCAAGGUGGGCGACCAGAUCCUGCUGGCCAUCAGGGGCCAGAAGAAGAGAGCACUCAUUGUGGGGCACCGCAUGCCUGGCCCCCCAAUGACCCCCAAGUUUGACUCCAACAAUGUGGUCCUCAUUGAGGACAACGGGAACCCUGUGGGGACUCGAAUUAAAAUACCUAUCCCAAGCAGCCUUCGCAAGAAAGAAGGAGAGUAUUCCAAGGUAUUGGCCAUUGCUCAGAACUUUGUGUGAGCAGAGCGGCUCUGAGCGAGCAGCCAUUCCUUUCACACAGUGACAAUGUUUUGGAACAGAAUAAAUAUCUUAAUGUGUUUUCCUCC